GAAUUCCAAGCAGCAGCACUAAAGCGCCAUAGUGACCUAUUAGGGUUUAUAUUUCUAGGGCUUGGAAGGAGCGGGAGCGGCUCGGCUCGUCACGAUGUUCUGCGCCAUCUCUGGAUUGACGCCGGAAGAGCCCGUGAUUUCCAAGCGCUCUGGGCUUCUUUUCGAGAGGAGGCUGAUCGAGAAGCAUCUUGCGGAAAAUGGGACUUGCCCUGUCACUGGAGAGUCCUUGACCGAGGAAGAUCUCUUACCCGUGAAGACUAACAAGGCCGUGAAGCCGAGGCCCGUUACAGCGACGAGCAUUCCUGGAAUGCUUGGAAUGUUUCAGAAUGAAUGGGAUGCGGUUGUCUUGUCGAACUACCACUUGGAGCAGCAACUUAACAAUGCUCGUCAGGAGCUCAGCCAUGCCCUCUAUCAGCAUGAUGCAGCUUGCCGCGUGAUUGCCAGGCUGAAAACCGAAAGGGACGAUGCGAGAACUCUACUUGCUCAAGCAGAACUACAAAGGCCGGCGGCUCUACCAGAGGCCGAUGCAGUAACUAGCAACGGCAAACGGGAGGCAGAGCUGGAGCAACUGCCACCCGCUAAAACGCUCAAGCAGGGGAUCUCUGACGAGAUGAUAGCAGAACUUACGCAGUGCAAUGCUGACCUUUCUAGUUUGCGAAAGAAGCGGCAGAUUCCACCCACAUUGGUGAAAGCCGAAAAUCUAGAACAGUAUAGCGUGAUUUCAAGCCAUCCUUUGCACAAGACUAGCAGGCCGGGUAUAUUAUCUAUAGAUAUCCAUCAUCAGAAGGAUGUCAUUCUAACAGGCGGAAAUGACGGCAAUGCAAUUGUCUUUGACCGCUCCUCUGGUGAAAUCGUUGCAUCUCUUGUUGGUCAUAGCAAGAAGGUGACGAGUGUAAAAUUUGUUGCCCGAGAUGAUCUCGUCUUGACUGCUUCGGCUGAUAAGACGGUAAAAAUUUGGCAAGGUGGUGAGGAAGGGGCAUAUAGCUGUAAACAGACGCUUAAGGAACACAGUGCUGAGAUUCGGGCGAUUACCGUCCAUCCAACGAACAGAUUUUUUGUAACAGCAUCAGAUGACAAAACAUGGGCCUUCUACGACCUCAAUUCUGGCACUUGUACAACGCAGGUUACCGAUGCAGCAGUACAAGAUGGAUAUACAGCCGCUUCCUUCCAUCCUGAUGGCUUAAUCCUUGGCACUGGAACUGCGGAAUCGUUGGUUCGCAUUUGGGACGUGAAGUCACAGAACAACGUUGCCAAGUUUGAAGGACACUCUGGGCCCGUGACUGAACUAUCGUUCUCUGAAAAUGGUUACUUCCUGGCUACUGCCGCCAGCGAUGGCGUGAAGGUUUGGGAUCUGCGCAAGUUGAAAAACUUUCGAUCGUUUUCUCCAUACGAUCCUAGCACACCAACCAGCACUGUUCAAUUCGAUCACAGUGGCUCCUAUCUCGCGCUCGCUGGCUCAGAUAUAAGAGUGUUCCAAACGGGAAGUGUGAAGCAGGAGUGGAAUCUUGUGAAGACCUUUCCAGAUCUCUCGGGAUCAAACAAAGUUACGUGCGUCAGGUUUGGCCCGGACGCCUCCUUCCUUGCGGUUGGAAGCACUGACAGACAUCUUCGUAUACUGGGAGCUCCUGUCACGACUACGGAUGCAUAGCGUUCUUCUCACUUGCGUUUCCUUUUGUUCCUUCUUUCGGCUCGCACUUGAGCAAGUCGAUGCUUCCUUCUCGUCCUACUGCUUCGGUGAAUUUUACAGCAGCUGGACAGAUCUGUACUACGCUCAAAAAGAUUGUGUUCUUCAGAAGCUUGGGAGUUUUUUCAAA